AUGAAAAGAAUCCAUAACAUGGAAGGAAAGGUGGAGCAGAAGGACGAUGCUGUCAUUGAAGGAGAGCUACCUAGAAUUGAGGACGUAUGCAACAUGAGCAUAGCGAUGACCAGAGACAUACUACGUGGACAUUACGACGAGAUAAUUCAUGGGAAGUAUUCAAGUCCCUGCACGCCUCGCACCCAAAUCCCAAACAAGGAGCGGACAAGCCGAACAAAAGUGCUCACUGCCGUUACCGACGCGACGAACAGACAACUGCUAUCUUGA